CGCCGCUGCCUUGACAGCGGGUCUGUGUACUCGGAGCCGGGGCGGCGGCGGCGUGUGGAUCGGCCGGGCCUGGUAAGGCCAGCGGUCUCCUCGGACCUGAGCAUACUGUCCGCGCAGCCACCAUGCAGCUGGCUUUAAACCGAGCGGAUUAUUUGCAGGUGGGUGUGACCUCUCAGAAGACUAUGAAGCUACUUCCUGCUUCAAAACAUAGAGCUACACAAAAGGUGGUUGUUGGAGAUCAAGAUGGAGUAGUCUUGUGCUUUGGCAUGAAAAAAGGAGAAGCAGGGGCAGUGUUCAAGACGUUACCAGGGCAGAAGAUUGCAAGGCUGGAACUAGGAGGGAUUCUUAACACACCUCAGGAGAAAAUUUUUAUUGCUGCAGGAUCUGAGAUUAAAGGCUUUACAAAGCGAGGAAAACAGUUCCUCUCUUUUGAAACAAACCUCACUGAGAGCAUUAAAGCCAUGUACGUAUCUGGCUCUGACCUCUUUCUAAGUGCAAGUUACAUAUACAAUCAUUAUUGUGACUGCAAAGACCAACACUAUUACCUUUCUGGAGACAAAAUCAAUGAUGUCAUCUGCCUUCCAGUGGACAAAGUACCUCGAAUCACACCAAUAUUGGCCUGUCAAGACCGAGUGCUCAGAGUUUUACAGGGAUCUAAUGUGAUGUACGAAAUUGAGGUUCCUGGCCCACCCACUGUGUUGGCACUGCACAAUGGAAAUGGCGGUGACUCUGGGGAAGACCUUGUAUUCGGAACAUUGGAUGGGAAACUUGGGCUCAUUCAGAUCACAGCAUCCAAACCAGUACACAAGUGGGAAAUCCAGAAUGACAAAAAGAGAGGAGGUAUUUUGUGUAUGGACAGCUUUGACAUUGUGGGUGAUGGGGUUAAAGAUUUACUUGUUGGGCGAGAUGAUGGAAUGGUGGAAGUGUAUAGUUUUGAUAAUGCGAACGAGCCUGUUCUUCGAUUCGAUCAGAUGUUGUCUGAAAGUGUCACCUCCAUCCAGGGUGGUUGUGUAGGGAAAGAUGGGUAUGAUGAAAUCGUGGUGUCCACCUAUUCAGGCUGGAUUACAGGUCUGACUACAGAGCCCACUCAUAAGGAAAAUGGGCCAGGAGAAGAAUUAAAAAUUAACCAGGAGAUGCAGAAUAAAAUUUCUUCUUUACGAAGUGAACUGGAACAUUUGCAAUAUAAGGUACUACAGGAAAGAGAGAACUAUCAACAGUCUUCUCAGUCAAGCAAAGCCAAAUCAACUGUACCCUCAUUUAGUAUAAAUGAUAAGUUCACAUUAAACAAAGACGAUGCCAGCUACAGCCUCAUCUUAGAGGUACAGACUGCCAUAGAUAAUGUCUUAAUUCAGAGUGAUGUUCCAAUAGAUUUACUUGAUGUGGACAAGAACUCUGCUGUUGUUAGCUUUAGCAGCUGUGAUUCUGAGUCCAACGAAAAUUUUCUUCUUGCCACCUACCGAUGCCAGGCAAAUACCACAAGGUUGGAGCUCAAGGUUCGCUCAAUCGAAGGCCAAUAUGGGACACUUCAAGCAUAUGUGACUCCAAGAAUUCAACCCAAAACCUGUCAAGUCCGACAGUACCACAUUAGACCUCUGUCCCUCCAUCAGAGAACUCACUUCAUCCACCACGACCGACCCAUGAACACCCUGACUCUGACAGGCCAGUUCAGUUUUGCUGAAAUCCAUUCCUGGGUGGUGUUUUGCCUGCCUGAUGUUCCCGAGAAACCUCCUGCAGGAGAGAGUGUCACGUUUUGCUUUCAGAACACCUUUCUCGAUACACAACUGGAAAGUGUCUACAGAAAAGGACAAGGAAUUUUUAAAUCUGACAACAUUUCUACAAUAUCCAUCCUAAAAGAUGUGCUUUCAAAAGAAGCUACAAAAAGGAAAAUUAACCUCAACAUAUCAUACGAGAUAAAUGAAGUCUCCGUCAAACAUACUUUAAAGCUUAUCCACCCAAAGCUGGAGUACCAGUUGCUUUUGGCUAAGAAGGUGCAGUUAAUUGAUGCUUUAAAAGAACUGCAGGUUCAUGAGGGAAACACAAACUUUCUGAUUCCGGAAUACCGAUGUAUUCUAGAAGACGCGGAUCACCUACAAGAAGAGUACAAAAAACAGCCCGCGCACCUUGAAAGACUCUAUGGUAUGAUCACUGAUCUUUUCAUAGACAAAUUUAAGUUCAAAGGAACUAAUGUGAAAAGCAAAGUACCUCUUCUGCUGGAAAUUCUUGAUAGUUACGAUCAGAAUGCACUGGUUUCUUUCUUUGACUCAGCUUAAAAGAUGCAUAAGGAGUUGGAAUUUGUCUGCUUAGUGACAUUUUGUGACUCUGCUGAAGUUUGUGAAAUGCUUGACCCAGCUUUAGUGCUAUGUCACGUAGCCAAAGAACUUUCUCUGACAGCAUGGAUUAUACAAGUGACUAUGCUGGCUCCUGAGAUUUUUCUUCAUCUAAGUAUCUACUGGCUUCCUUGUCAUUACAUAAGAAAGACAAUCAGACUUUGGAGCUAUAGAAGUUGUAUUCAUCAAUUUCUUAUUUAUUCAUUUUCGGGGAAAUUAGGCUUUUAAUGGCUUAAGGAUAACGGAAAAUAUGCUAUUCUUUCUAUUCAAGAAAAGUAGACUCAUUCCUUUUUCAGAGACCAAUGAUUCUUAAUUAUGUUAUAUUUUUGUAUGUAUGUUAAUAUUAAUGUAAUUGAAUGUUAAAUUAAAAAAAUUAAAGGCA